AUGUGGUUGCAAGUUUCAGCGAUGUAUACCUACGUAGCUAAGCUGUACGCAACUCAAACAAAUGCAAUCACUAAUAACGCAGCUGGAGUAUGCUUGUAUCUGACGCAUAUAGUGUCUGCACCGGUAAUAGCUGUUCCAUCGAUAUCGCUGUUUCUGGUAAUUGCAAUUCGAAAGCGGAUGCCAAAGCUCGCCGGUAAUGUUCACGUGAAACACGAGGCGGAAGAGCCCAGACUGAAAGCUAUACUCGACUGCACCGUGGAAAAUCUGGCUCUUUGUUUCCUCGCGGAGCGCUUCGCGCAAGAAACCACGGCUGGUUCUUGUGCUAACAUGAGGGUCGGGUCCAAGUUGAUCGGCUCAAUUCUCUCUCUGUAUGUAAUCCAAUUCAUCGAGUUUCACGUGACUGCAAAUGAUCGCGCAAUCAUUAUUGACAAUCUCUCAAAAUUGAUUCGUCUCGCAAAUCAGGGUGCCACCUGGCCUGCCAUCCAGCCAAUGACUGCUCGAUGGAUUCCACCGAUGGAGCGUAGCAAGUUCGUCUCUCACAUGAUGGCCUCGUCGCUUGGCGCCGCGAUAACUAUGCUGAUGUGUGGAUUCCUCAUCGCCUCGCUCGGCUGGGAGUCGGUAUUCUACGUGACCGGCGUGAUCGGGAUUAUCUGGAGCGUGACGUGGUUCUUACUUGUGUUCGACUCACCGUCGCAGCAUCCGCGCAUCAGUGCGGAGGAGCGGCACUUUAUCGAGAGCGCGAUUGGAACGACCACCACCACCAAGCAUCUGCCGGUACCAUGGCGCUCGCUCGUCACCUCGAGACCCGUUUGGGCUAUCGUGAUAACGCACUCGUGCAGCGUGUUCGGCUACCAUACCAUUGUCAAUCAGCUUCCGACUUACAUGAAGUACAUCUUGCACUUCAAUAUUAAAGAGAACGGCCUGUUAUCUUCGUUACCUUAUUUAGGCAAGUAUAUAUUUGCCUUAUCAAUGUCCAUCCUGGCCGAUUACCUGCGCCGCAACAACAAGCUAUCCGUGACGGCAAUACGUAAAAUCUUUACGACGUUCGCUGUGCUAACUCCCAGCAUCCUCAUGGUGAUCCAGGCGAACUACGGUUGCGAUCGCGCGGCGUCGGUCGCCGUGUUCACGGUCGCUUUGACAAUAAACGGCGGCAUAACGGCCGGCUACCUUGGGAACGGGCUCGACAUCGCGCCCAACUUCUCCGGGACCAUAUUCGGCAUCGCCAACACUUUCAGCUCGAUAGGCGGUUUCCUCAGUAGCUUCAUGGUCGGUAACAUCACGUACCACAAUCAGACCUACACGCAAUGGACCAUCAUCUUUUGGAUCCUAGCGGCCAUCUACCUCAUGGGCGCGAUAGCAUUCGCGGUUCUCGGCACCGGCGAGUUGCAAAGCUGGAACAAUCCGCCCGACAGCCGCGCGAAAGAGAACGGCGUUUCGGUGGAAGACGGCGCCGAAUCGGUUCCUCUCAAAAGCAAAACGAUUUCGUAGCGUUUCGAGCGACGACGCUUGGAUUUUGCUAAGAGAUUGCGCGACGAGGAAGGUGUCGAUUUACUGCGACACGAUAUAUUCCAAACGGGACAGUAUUCGUUUUUAUUACACUUGGAUUUUAGGACCGGUCGAUGAGUCUCUUCAGCUUGGCAGUAGUUUGCAAGACUUUUCCAUUUGUCACUGGCGACGUCUGAUAAUUUCUACUUUAGAAACUUGCAACGAAACUUUUCUCGAAGCUAAUCUCAAAACCGAUGUAAUUUAUUAUUAUUCUUUUUAAAGACCGUUAGAAAGAAAACUUUUAUAAUUGUAUAACUGACGAUUUUUUAAAUAGUUUUUAUCGCAAUUGUAUCAAGUAAAAAAUCACUUCUUUUGCCAAGUUUGAGAUCGAAUGACAGAAUAAUUGAGUGCGUUUUUACACUCGUUUUUCUGUUGUAGUAUAAGUUUGCGCAGUUACCAAAAGAGAAAAAAAGACACGCGGCUAGAAGUAUCUAUGUAGUUAGAAACUUACAAUUAGUGUUUACUCGAUAUGGCAAAUUUACAAAUAAAUAUACAAUUUGUAGCAAAUUUAUAUCAAACGCCCUUUAAAAAUAACUAUGAUAUCAGCCUUAAGAAUUCACGUAAGGAUAGGUUUUAUUAAAUCUCAUUAAAAUAUACAUUUAAAAUAUAUUGUUAAAAUAUAUUAUUGUCAUAACUGAUACCAAUGUAUAAAUUAUUAAUGUCGCGAUAUGCCAAGUUAGAAACAUUCAAUUGCUUCAAUUUAAUUUGUAUGGAGCAAAGGAAGAGCACUCGACUUUUAUAAUAGACUGUACAUUCAGUUAGCAAUGUUAGCAAAAAAUUUUAAUUAAUGACACCAUCAACGAAGAUACAAACCGAUGAUCGUCAUUAAUGAUACCAGAGCAGUAACUGACUGAUUAGCGGGUUAAAACUUUAGAGCGCAUGUUGGUAAAGAGACUCAACUUCAUCAGUAUUGCCAUCUACCAUGAGGAAGUCUUACUGAUUGUCAACGUCAGUAGUGUUGAACGAUGACUGUUGCUACUUCGUAUGUUCUCUAACCAAGAGGUGGCGUCAAAUGCUGGAUAAAUACGGCGGCUGAAGCAAUGCCUUUUAAAUCGUGGCAUCAUGUACCAAAAAGCAAAAUAAAAACUACUCUCACGAUUCACUA